AUGGCCAAGAUAACAAAGACAAUUGAUCUGAAACAGCUUGCAAAGAAGGUUCCGAUAGUGCUUAUAUCAGUAGGCAUUUCGUGGUUGAUUCUUUAUUUGCUAAGGGACAUGUUAAGGUCUUCAUUUUUAUCACCGAUCGAAACGAAAAAAAUAGUGGCUGAAAAGGAAAUUGUAGGCACAAAUUCGAAGGUCGCUGCGUUGAAGAGAUCUGGAGGUAGAAAAAAUGAAGAAACAAAAAAAAGCAGGAACAACGACAUGAACGAUAGGGAGGAUGUGGAAGUGAUCGGUGCUGGCUCAAAAGGAAACUUGUCGGGGGACGCAAAAGAGGGGAGCGCGAGAAAUAAACACAUGAGCAGCGUGGCACUAUCAGCAAGUGAUUGUGCAUCGCAGAAGGAAUAUUGUGCACUCAGGCAAUUCUUGAGUGAAAAACAGGAUAGAGCGGUUUAUAUUUAUGUUCAUGUAGCGGAAAAUGAAAUAUGUGGGAAGUGGAAGGAAGGUAAUUUCUAUGAUGCAAGGGAUGAAUUAAUCGAGAAAAUGAAAAAUAAACACCUGCUGGUGGAUGUACUUUAAAUUAAGUGCUAACUUUGUAGAAUAAAGGGUGAAACACGUGACUGAAAUGUAAACGGUCAUCUAAAUUAAUCCAUUCGUAAAUGCUUUUACUUCUAUCGGUAUGAGGACACGUAAUAGCAUAUGGCUAACAAUUUUUGAUCCUGCUUGUUUUAGGAUCACCGAUAAAUAUUCAAAUUGUAAGCCAUUUGCUGGUUGCAUCGCAGAUAUUUCUUGUUGUUUAAUUUGUAAAGAAUUGGCUUGAUCCUCGCUUGAAUGCUCAUAUGUGUUCAAUGGUUGUAUUGCGCCAUUGUUCAGUGGCAUGCAUGAACGAAUAGUUUUGAGUAACCGUUUGCUGCUCUUACCGAAUAUUUAUUAAAUUAAGAUGCAGAAGAUGAUUUUGAGAUACAAAGAAUGCCUGUUUAGAUCUUUAAGAUAAUCAACUUAGGCGUGUAAUGGACUAAGUUUAUACAGAAUAGCACCAUAUUCCUGAUGAAAUUAUAAAUUUAUAGGAGAGUAUUUUUUUCUAAAUUUUAAGUAUAAUUAAACUUAUC